AGUAUGCCUCAGUUUGCCUUCAGACAUCGGAGAGAGCGCACAUAUAAUAAAAAUAUCGCGGCUUUGUUUUUACAAUUCGCGUAAUAUUACCGGCGCGUUUUGAUGUUGGGAUAAACCUGUGUUGUGUUUUUUACUCUCGAUUACAAAUCGACUUGUGCUGUUUGGGUGUGUAAUCUUAACCGAGUGGAUAAAAGUCACGACCUGAAAAAAUCUUGGAAAAAAUCAGUCCGUAAGACUCAAAACUGCAUGUGAUAUUAUUUAAAUUAUUUAUUUGUUAGUUGUAAGAGGACACAUUUAGUAAUCAGACAAUACUCAGUCAAUUAGCACAGACUAAAUAGAGGAUCAGAUUAUAAAUAAGGAGGUGCUAAUAAGAAGGUGCGGAGUAAUCACAAUGAAGGACACAAUGAACUGUCAACACACGUUGUCCAACGAAGUGGUGUACAAGGAAGUGGUUGUUAUUGGGAACGGCCCUAGUGGUAUGGUGACGUCAUAUAUGCUGGCAGGGAACGUACCAUAUCUUAAAGAGGUGCCACAGGACUUGCCUAUCGAUGACAUGCUUAAAGCAAGAUUGUCAAAUUUACCAAAAGAACAGAGCUUAUAUGAAACAGAUCUACUGGAGCUGGCGGAGGGAUUAGAGGGGCGAAGUCACAACCCUAUACCACUAUUGAUGGAUAACUUGCUAAGACCUUGUGCUGAUAUGGGCAUUCAAGCGGACUCGCUCAUAGAAUGGAAAUAUGAUAUCGAGAAACAGAUAGAUCACGUGGUGUUGGGUCGCGGGCCUGCGGGAGGGGCGUGGCACACGUUGCCGGGCAGUGUGCGCACGCUGUCGCCCGCCGCGUGGCUGUCGCUGCCGCCGCACGGGGCUGCGGCGGGCGCGGCCGGCGGCGCGCGUCUCUGUGCCGCCGCCGUCGCUGCUUACUGUCGCCGGUACGUGCGCGUCUGCAAUAUCAACCGUUACUUCCGCACCGGGGUGGUGGUGAGCAGCGUGCGUCGCGCGCCGCGCCACCCGGCCGCGUGCUCGUCGCGCUGCCCGCUCGCCGCACACUACUGGGUGUCCGGGUACGACAUGUGUGAAGGCCGCGGGUUUCGUUACGCGUGCAAGCGUGUGAUAUUGGCGUGUGGCGCGAGCGAUAGACCUAACACUCUGCAUCCACAUCUCGCCGCCCGCUGCGUGCACACACUCGCCAAUUACGAGCGAGCGCUCGCGCACGGCGGUGAUAAUGGCGCUGUGAUGGUGGUGGGGUCAGGUUUGAGCGCGGCGGACGCAGUGUUGUGCGGAGUACGAACAAACAGACAGAUCAUGCAUCUACACCGCACCCCCCCUGACGCACUCGCCCGACUCUCGCCCAGGGAAUACCCCGACUACACGCAGGUCUAUAAAAUGAUGUGCGACGGUACUUCAAAAGAAUAUCCGAAUUAUAAAUCGUAUCCGGAGCACAUCAUAGUGGAUAUCAAGCCUGAAACAGAUCCACCGGUGAUGCCCGAAGACCCAGAGGUGGACUAUGAAACAAUAAGGCCCAAGAGGGUCAAACUACUCAAUUUGGUCACAAACGAAACAGCAGAUGUCACAGUAUCAAUAAUAGCAGUACUCAUUGGUUCUAAACCUGACCUAUUUUUCCUACAAACGAAUUUCAACCUUAACUGCAUAGACGUAGAACAGAGUUGCAUCAAGUGUACAGAAAAGAAGAACGCCAAGAAGAAUAUUGAAGACGAAAGACGACAGUGUUUCCUCAGAAACCAUUGGCUGUAUAUAAAAUCGGUCUUAGGUCAGAGUAUUCAGAGUUGCAAAUCGAGAUAUCUAAAUUAUUCAGAAAUAAACGGUAAUAGCGACACUAAAUGCGUCAUACCAGAUUGUAAUAAGAGGCCUGAAAAAACGAAAUGCACUUGUGACGAGAUAAAGACUGAAGAAUGCAACUACGAAAUCAUUCCCAGCGAUAAAGACAAGUGCCAGUGCCACCUGAGUAACCCUUAUUCCAAUGGGAUAGGGUUUGGUAUAGAUACUAAGAAGCCAGUGGACGGUAGAUCUAAUCCGAUUGCUAUAGAUAAAAGCACUCACGAAUUACUCAAUGCUCCUAAAGGAAUAUAUGCACUAGGACCAUUGACCGGAGAUAAUUUUGUCAGAUUCAUCCCAGGUGGAGCUCUCGCUAUUGUAACACAUAUUCAUAGAGAAAGAAAAUCAACAGAAUGAUCUCCUAUAACUGCCCCAGUGUAAAUCGUGAAAUUGAAAUACUUAAUAUUGCUUUUACAAUAAAUUAUUUUUACACCUAAUCCAUUCAUUGUUUUCCUUCAAAUUUUUUUUUUUACAAAUUAUCUUAUUUAAAAUUCAUUCUGGAUACUUCUUUUAUAUACAAUAAAACAUUCAGUUGACACAUUG